AUGGCUGCUGCUGCUGCUGUUAUUUUCUGUGACCACUGCCCAGAAGGCAAGACUCCUGCAGUGAAGACCUGCCUCAAGUGUGAGACGUCCUUCUGCACGGAGCACCUCGCGCCUCACCUCGAAAGGGAGAAGUUUAAGGAGCACGUCCUCGUUCCGCCAGAUGUGAACCCCGAACGCAAGUGCAAGAGACACAACAAAGAGCUCGGGUUCUACUGCAAGCAGGACGCGAGUUUGGUUUGCAGGGACUGCACCAUCGCCGAACACAAAGUGCACAAUGUCAGCACGCUGGAGCAAGAGCACGAGACGCAGAAGGUGCAAGAGAAGGACUACAAACUAACAUCUCGCCUCCUACAGGAUCAAGUCGGAGAGGAGACGCGAGCGGUGGAGGACAAGAGGAGGGAGGCGGAGGCGUCUGUUGGACGCAUGGAGGCCACUCGCGAGGACGUGCAGGGAUCAAUGACUGGUGUGAAGGAGCAAAUCAAAAUCAGGUGCACCCGCCUGAGAAAGGCACUGGAUGAAGACGAGAAGGCGGCUUUACAUCGCGCGGAACUGAAGGAGAAGGAGCUGCUGUCCCAGAUCGACAAGAACAUCGCCCAUCACAAGCACGAGAUCAGCGAGCUACAGGCAGCAGCCGCGCGCCUGCGCACUCUUCAGGAGGAGGGGGACCCGCUCACGUUCCUGCAGGGGCGUCUGAAGGACACGUGCAGGAAAGAUGCUCCAAAGAAAACCCCGCCCCCAGCUCCUACUCCACUGGACGCCCCCACGAUCCGCUCCCUCGAGAGAGUCACGGGCAAACUCCUGCCCCUCGUCUAUGGAUGUUCGCCGGUUCUGGACCCAAACUCCGUCCACAACAAACUCCAGAUUUCUCCAGACCUCAAGACGCUGACAAAGACCAGCGUCUCCCAGCGUCGCCCCGAUCACCCGCAUCGGUUUGAUUGGUACUACCAAGCCCUGUGCUCUGACAGCUUCUCGUCAGGUCAGCACUACUGGGAGGUGGAUGUGGGAGGCUCGGAAGUGUGUGCAGUUGGAGUCGCGUACGAGGCGGUCUCGCGGACAGGCAGAGAAGCAUCCAGCCUGGGAGGGAACGACUCAUCCUGGAUUUUAUUACGUAAAGACAACAGCUACUCAGUACGCCAUAACGGGGUAUUUACCUCACUGCCAGUGAGGGAUCCUCCUUGGAGAGUCGGGCUUCAUUUGAACUGGGAGGCGGGGCUGCUGUCGUUUUACCGUGCCGAAUCCAUGGAGCCUUUGUACUCAAUUCACCACGCGUUCACUCGGCCUCUUUACCCCGCUUUGUACGUGGGGGGUAAAGAUGGUGAGACAGUGACGAUUUUGGACAUUAACCGUGGGUGCUGAGAUCGCUGAGUGUAAACAACACACAGAGCAGACACACAGCAUAUAAAAAAUACAAAAAUGCAACAUAACACGUUAUAUAUUAUAUAGCAGUGGCGGGCCGUUUAUUUUACACCUAGGCCUUGAGUAAUAUCCUCCCGCAAUUAAACCGCCUUCGAAUAACAUCACCAUGACACUAGGGCUAUAGGCUAAUGUUAUUCGACAUAAUCACCCAAUAUUCACAGUGACAGUAACCUUUAUCAAAUGGUAUAAAGUUAUUUAGCACGAGGCUCAACACCUAUGAGAGUUACAAUACACUAAUUGUAGAGAUAUUAAUACAUGGUGACUGAAACCAACAAGGAUGUACCACAUUUUGGUUCUUUCAGUAAAGUUACUUAGAACCAAAGAGUAUGGAUUCCUGCAGUCACGAAAGCUUAAAAUCAAGAUGUACCACUAUUACGCUGUAUGACAGGAUGCUGCAUCACAAAUAGACUUUGCAUAGCCCAAAUCAAUGUCAUUACCAAAGAAACAAGAACAAACUCACAAACAACAGUCACAUUUUAAUCAGACGGUGCUGUGUGCACAAACCUUCCUAGAGGAAAUUUCAACAGUAAUGGAAAUGGUCGUGCGGAUUAAUAAAUUGAUGGCAAUCAUCGCCAGUUGUUUUCAAGCUUCUUCGAGAAGUUAACUGCCACUAUUAUGAUCUUAUCGUGUUUCACAAGGUACAGUGUCUUUCCAAAGGGGUGCAGUCCUGGUGAGGAUUGUGUCAUGUCGAGGAAAUUAGCCAACAAACUAAAAAGGGGAGGAAAGGAAAUGGGAGUAGGAGGCCAUAUAGUACUAGUUCUUGUGGAUGAAUGGCCUGUAUGAUGGGGGUGCUGGGGAGAUGGGAUGGGCUCUGGAUACUUACACCACCUCUGUUAAGGCAUGAUGAUCGCUGCUCCCGGGAGAAAACAAGAACGACAAAAAUUGAACAUCGCGUUUUGUGUUAUUUUAUUUCUGGUUCUGUUCGGUUACGAUUUUCCUCCUCUCCAUCUGCUCCACUCCAUCUUCUUACCCCUCCCCUGCAAAUAGCCUGCUCCUGACACUUAACCCUACCGCGGUAGGGCAGCGAGCCCAAACGCACCCUGCCGGACCCUAAUUUUGAGGGUGUAUCACUUCGGGUUUGGUUCACGUUACCUGUUGUUUGCUCUUUGGCCCCUCUCUUUGAAGUCUACUUUGUAUUAUGGGUUCUUGAAUAACAAUACAAAAAUAUUGUAAGUCUGUCAUUGAACUUAUUUUGCACCGUACGUAGCCAACCGUGAUAAUAUGUGGGACACUGUGUAUUGUACAUGUGUUUAACUUCUUUCGCACCAUAUGUA